GGCCUCGAGGCUCGGCGGGCGCUGUCCCCGCCCCGCGCCUCGCGCCGCGCGUGCGCGCGGUACGGACGUGCGGACGUGCGUGCGUGCGCGCGGCGUUUCCGGGCCGGCGGCGGAGCGCGGCGCCGCUGCGAUGGUGCUGCUGGAGAGCGAGCAGUUCCUGACGGAGCUGACGAGGCUGUUCCAGAAGUGCCGCACGUCCGGCAGCGUCUUCAUCACGCUGAAGAAGUAUGAUGGUCGAACAAAACCGGUCCCACGCAAAGGCCAUGUAGAAAGCUUUGAACCUGCAGACAAUAAAUGUCUUCUCAGAGCAACGGAUGGAAAGAAGAAAAUCAGCACAGUGGUGAGCUCAAAGGAAGUAAAUAAAUUCCAGAUGGCAUAUUCUAAUUUGCUGAGAGCUAACAUGGAUGGCUUGAAGAAAAAGGACAAGAAAAGCAAAAACAAGAAGAGUAAAGCAACACAGUGAUGGAAGUGUCCGACCGUCACUGCAACAGACUUGACCCUUGCUCAAAGCAAAGUCCAUUUCUUUUUGAGUUACCACUUGUCUUUGGCUUUCCUUCCAGCAGGAUACUGGGAUGUGAUCAGUACUUUUGUUUGAAUUGAAAGCAGGAGAUGCUUUCUGUGGAUUGUUGUAUGGCAGGAGUAUUUACAGGGUUAUACCAAAAUAGCUUUACACUCGUCUGCCAACUAGUUUUGUACUUAUACUGCUGUUUGUUUUGUAUUAUGCAAGUGGGCAGUGUAAAACCCAUCUGGGGGAUAACAGAGGGUGAAGAGAAGUACACAGCACCAUGAGCAAAGUGAGAUUGGAACAGGUGUCUCAGUGUCAGAUGCCCAGUUUUAUAGAUAAGCCUCGUUAGUACUAGGGAAAGUGGGUGCCAACCUAUUAUCCAGGAACAGCAGCUUUCCUGUUUCUGUCUUAUUUUGAGGGCCAUGUUUAUAUGAUGCAGUGCAGAUGCCUUGAAGGCAGCCAGUCCCAUGCUUUGAGCUCUCAGCUCUGCCUUUACCCUGUGCUGAUCCAGCUGUGCUGAUCCAGGCUCCGGGUGGGGGAGCGCAGGACUCUGCAUCAUGGUCCCUUCAGGCAUAGCUUAAGAAUGCUCGUGUCACCUGAAUGUUUGUUUUUUAAACCUUCAUCCUUCAACGUAUUCAGGGAUCUGGCUUUCCCCAUCUUCGCAUUGUAAAGUAGCUCCUCCAUAUGAGCAGAUGUAAAAGGUGAAUACUUGUUCCUAUUAAACAAUGAGAAAUGGA